AGUCGGACGAACAGAACGUCGAGAACCUGGCAGAGUCGGAUGAACAGAACGUCGAGAACCUGGCAGAGUCGGACGAACAGAACGUCGAGAACCUGGGGGUCUUUAGUGAUGAAGAGUUGCUCGAGACACUAGCCAGGUCCUUGUAUCAAGCCAAGAGCUUUAGCAUGGAAGCCAUGGAGGAGGUCACGUCGUUGAUGACACCCGUGCAUGCCAGGACAUCUAGGUCGUUCUCCAAGAUCAAGGGCAAGGACUCAGCAGUGGUUCACUUAGGCAUGUUCAGUCAUGGUGCGAUGAGUGGAGUCAUGAAUCAGACUUGGAGGAAAGGACCCCAUGGCCAGCUGAUGACCGGAGAGAUCCGGCCCACUUGGCAUGAAGUGGUGGCCUUUGAUCCAAAGAGUUGGCAUGCCACUAUGAGAUGGACUGGACGAAGGGUGGCGCUGGCCGCCUACACCACUCGACUGGUGACGAAGGCCCAACCGGAGACCUUGGAAGACCUCAGAACCUUUGGCUUCCCAUUGCCAAAGAAACCCAGCAGUAUGUCUGGGUUCUUCCAUCUGAGUGAGGAGCCUCCCCAGGAUGAAGUGAAGUUGGAGGACCACGAGAAGGAAGAGAUCCUGGCCGUCCUCAAUGAGUACAAGGAAGUGAUCCAUGAAGAUCCCGAGGAGAGAAAGGGCGGCUUCAAUCAAGUGGUGGAGCUCGGGUCCCCUGGAGACUCUCAGCUUCGGAUGAACCUGGAACGUGGAGGAGCUGUGGUGACCAGCGUAUCCUUCAAGGAGGGAUGUGACUUAUCAACCCAAGCCGGGACCGAGCGCACCAUUCGAUUCCUUGGAGAGUUGAAGCCGCAAUGGUUAGUGUUACCCGAGAGGCUAUCUCCAUUGGAUGCAAAGCGCUGUGGAUCCACCAUGGGAGUGAACGUCUGGAACGAUUCUCUGAAGUCAGAGAGUUUUGGAGGAGCUACCAAGAUCACCAUGGAGGUCAGGCAGUGCGAUGUGGAGCCGUCUGGACUCGAUGUCAUGGUGACGCAGGCGGAGAAAGAGAUUUUGGAAACAAUGGAGAAGAAGGAGCUU